GGCCGGGCGCAUGGGGCCCCGGGAGGCCGAGGUGCCGGGGGACCAGCGGGCGACCCGCGUCGGGGGGCUGCAGCCUGGCGCUGAGUACAACGUGACGCUGUAUGGGGUGCACCGCGGCCAGCUCUCACCCCCGCUCCGAGCCAGAGUCCGGACAGCACCAUCAGAACCCGCCCCCCAGCCCAGCCUGGGGGAGCUCUCGGCCUCCGGCGUCACCCACGACUCCGCGCUGCUCUCCUGGACCGUCCAGGCCGGGGAAUUCGAGUCCUUCCUCCUCCAGUACAAGGACGCGGAGGGAAAACCCCAGGCGCUGCCUGUGGACGGGGGAUCCCGCACGGUCACCGUCGCCAACCUGGCCCCCUCCCGCCGAUACAAGUUCAACCUCUACGGCAUCUCCGGCCGCAAGCGCCUCGGCCCCGUCUCCACCGACGCCGUCACAGCCGCGGUGCCACGGGAGGAGGAACCCGCCCCCCAGCCCAGCCUGGGGGAGCUCUCGGCCUCCAGUGUCACCCACGACUCCGCCCUGCUCUCCUGGACCGUCCAGUCCGGGGACUUCAACUCCUUCCUCCUCCAGUACAAGGACGCGGAGGGCAACCCCCAGGCGCUGCCCAUGGAUGGGGGAUCUCGCACCGUCACCGUCGCCAACCUGGCCCCUUCCCGCCGAUACAAGUUCAACCUCUACGGCAUCUCCGGCCGCAAGCGCCUCGGCCCCGUCUCCACCGACACCGUCACAGCCGCGGUGCCACGGGAGGAGGAACCCGCCCCCCAGCCCAGCCUGGGGGAGCUCUUGGCCUCCGACAUCACCCACGACUCCGCCCUGCUCUCCUGGACCGUCCAGUCCGGGGACUUCGAUUCCUUCCUCCUCCAGUACAAGGAUGCGGAGGGCAACCCCGAGGCGCUGCCCGUGGACGGGGGAUCCCGCACCGUCACCGUCGCCAACCUGGCCCCCUCCCGCCGAUACAAGUUCAACCUCUACGGCAUCUCCGGCCGCAAGCGCCUCGGCCCCGUCUCCACCGACGCCGUCACAGCCGCGGCGCCGCGGGAGGAGGAACCCGCCUCCGAGCCGAGCCUGGGGGAGCUCUCGGCCUCCGACGUCACCCACGACUCCAUCCUGCUCUCCUGGACCGUCCAGGCCGGGGACUUCGACUCCUUCCUCCUCCAGUACAAGGACGCAGAGGGCAAACCCCAGGCGCUGCCCGUGGACGGGGGAUCUCGCACGGUCACCGUCGCCAACCUGGCCCCCUCCCGCCGAUACAAGUUCAAACUCUACGGCAUCUCCGGCCGCAAGCGCCUCGGCCCCAUCUCCACCGACGCCGUCACAGCCGCGGUGCCGCGGGAGGAGGAACCCACCCCCCAGCCCAGCCUGGGGGAGCUCUCGGCCUCCGACGUCACCCACGACUCCGCCCUGCUCUCCUGGACCGUGGAGGAGGGGACCUUCGACUCCUUCCUCCUCCAGUACAAGGACGCGGAGGGCAAACCCCAGGCGCUGCCCGUGGACGGGGGAUCCCGCACGGUCACCGUCGCCAACCUGGCCCCCUCCCGCCGAUACAAGUUCAACCUCUACGGCAUCUCCGGCCGCAAGCGCCUCGGCCCCGCCUCCACCGACACCGUCACAGCCGCAGCGCCGCGAGAGGAGGAACCCGCCCCCCAGCCCAGCCUGGGGGAGCUCUCGGCCUCCGACGUCACCCAUGACUCCGCCCUGCUCUCCUGGACCGUCCAGGCCGGGGACUUCGACUCCUUCCUCCUCCAGUACAAGGACGCGGAGGGCAACCCCCAGGUGCUGCCCGUGGACGGGGGAUCCCGCACGGUCACUGUCGCCAAGCUGGCCCCCUCCCGCCGAUACAAGUUCAACCUCUACGGCAUCUCCGGCCGCAAGCGCCUCGGCCCCAUCUCCACCGACACCGUCACAGCCACGGCGCCGCGGGAGGAGGAACCCGCCCCCCAGCCCAGCCUGGGGGAGCUCUCGGCCUCCGACGUCACCCACGACUCCGCCCUGCUCUCCUGGACCGUCCAGGCCGGGGACUUCGACUCCUUCCUCCUCCAGUACAAGGACGCGGAGGGCAAACCCCAGGCACUGCCCGUGGAUGGGGGAUCCCGCACAGUCACCGUAACGAACCUGGCCCCCUCCCGCCGAUACAAGUUCAACCUCUACGGCAUCUCCGGCCGCAAGCGCCUCGGCCCCGUCUCCACCGACACCG